GCCUGGCUUUCACAGUAGAGAGAGAUAGAGAGGCAGAGCUGUCGCCUUUAAGAACGUUUUGCAGUCUGCAUCUCUCACAGUACAUGACGACUGAAUAUUUCCAGCGCUAGCUGUCAUUCAGAGUGUAGAGAAGCAUGCGCCUCGGAGAAUGGAGUUAAAUGAUUCAGGCAGUGUGGUUUUAACAGCUUACCACUCCUAUUCUCCAUCAAGAAUACCAAUCAUGGAUCAAAGCUGUGUAACUGAACUUCCUUCAAGUCUUGGUCCCACACACAGGAAGCUACAUUUCAGAAGGAUGAGCUCAUCUGUUUCACGAGAGCUGCAGUGCCCGCAGGUAUUUGGCCGGUCCAUAUCUCAGGAUUCUGUGGAGAGCUCCUCGAUGGAGGACUAUUGGAGAGAAGUGAGGAGCAUUAAGGAGAGCAGUCAGAAUGGACAAGAGGAACAGAACCUAGUGGAGGUCAAGACACCUGAUGAGGGGGAGAUGGAAGCUGAGUGGUUGCAGGAGGUAGGCCUCUCCACCUUGGUCUCAGGCUCGGCAGGAGAGGAUGGCAUGGCUUUGUUGUCCACAUUGACCCGAGCGCAGGCUGAAGCUGUCCAGCGCCGACUGGACACCUACACCCAAACCACCCGGAGGAAGAACAAGCAGCCAGUCCGGGAUGUUCGCGAUGUGUUCGGUCUCACUGACACUCCAGCCAGAAUUGAGUUUAUGACCCCAGAGCCAUCACCUAUACCUAAUGGGGUACAGCAGUCUGAGGAAACAACUCUGUGGGAUCAGUCAAAAGAGAAUAAUAAGAGUGGUGAGAAAAUAGAAACGCAGCAAAACAGCCCAGAAAUAACGGAGGAUCUGAACUGGGACAUCCCGUACUCUGAGUCUCUAACAGCAGCUCAGAAAGAACAGCAAUGUAGAAACAACUUUCCAAAGCGGCCCAGCAGUGCAAUAUUACCAAAAUUCACCAUUCGGGAGGAUAGGCUGGGGCUAACACGCAUUGGAGAUCUAUCCUCUCAGGAUAUGAAAAAAAUCCAUAACCUCUCUCUGAUAGAGAUCACCACUUUCUAUGAUGCACUUGGAAUAGAAUUGAAGAGGAACAGGACUCUGAAGGUGAAAGCAAAGGAAACGGGUCCCUUUGGUGUUCCCCUCACAACAUUGCUUGAAAAUGAUCAAAAGAAGGUACCAGGGACAAAAAUUCCUCUCAUCUUUCAAAAACUUUUGUCAAGAAUGGAACAAACUGGUUUGGAUGCUGAAGGAAUUCUCCGGGUUCCAGGGUCUGCCUCACGAGUGAAGAAUUAUCGACAAGAGUUGGAGGCAAAAUUUUACAAUGACACCUUUGACUGGGACCAAAUCCAUCACAAUGAUGUCGCAUGCCUGCUGAAGACCUUCAUCCGAGAACUGCCUUACCCUUUACUGACUGCGGAAUACCUUCCAGCAUUUGUCGCUGUGCAAAAUAUCUCACCAAUCAAGUUGCAGAUACAAGCUUUGCAUCUUAUUAUCAUGUUACUUCCUGAUCCCAAUAGAGACACUAUCAAGGCUUUCUUGGAAUAUCUCAGCAAGGUCGUAGCGAACGAAGCCAAAAACCGAAUGAGCCUCUGGAAUGUCUCCAUGAUUGUCGCCCCGAACCUCUUCAUGUGCAAAGGGAGGAGUGGAAACCACCAAGAGGCAGAGGCUGCUACCAAAGCUGCCAACAUCGUGCAGCUUCUCAUCAAAUACCAGGACAUCCUGUGGACUAUCCCGCCCUUUAUGAUCGCCCAGGUGCGGAAGAUGAACGAAAGUGAGAAUCGAAGACGGACCAGAGUGACGUGGUUGAACACAUCUUCAUUUUUCUUCCCUCCAACCUUCAGGGGAAAUGGCUCACCCUCACCUGGUUCCUCACCCCGAGGACGCAACCGAAACCAGGAGCCGGCCUUGUGGGAGGUCCCAGGUGUGAACUCCUGUCCAUCUACUUUGGGACUCUGUUUGAAGUCGGACAUACCUGAGGGAGUCAUCCGUGUUUAUGCCACCCAGCUAUCAAAGGUUUCCAUGGCCAUUCAGCUGGACAGUGAGACCAAAGCAAGUGACAUUCUUGCUCGGUUUCAUUGUGAAAACAGUACGAAUUCCGCAGUACCUGUUAAUGGACAGAGCCAUCACUUGUUUGAAAUUGGUGGAAAUAUAGGAGAACGCUGCCUGGACCUCAACACAUACAUUCUGGACUUGUACCAUUUAAAUCCGAACGCAACAUGGGUCAUUAAACCCAGAACAUUGUGAGAUUACUUGUUGCAGAGUGAUGGGCCGUUUAAUAAUCCAGGCACAGUCUUGGUGAAUGUGACUACAGGGACCCCCUGAGAAUACUGGCUAUUUUUACAGUGGUGCCUCUAUGUCUAAGGCUUCGAGCUGUUGAUAAUCGUUACCUGCAGAACACUGCCUUCACAGGUGACCCUUUCAGAGGUCCCAAUCCUACUGGACUGGCUAAGCAUGUUGCCACUCAAUGGGACACGCUCAGCACCAAUGGGAGUUUUCACCAUUGUGAAGGCUUCCUUUUCUCUGUGUCAGCCACCUCUGAAGACUGGAGUCAGUACGAAGCUGUUGCAAAUAAAACAGCUUGCAAUAAACUCAUCUGGUGGUGAUUAAGAACUAAGUUGAUCCGCCAGUCACAACCAUUAAAAAUGCAGCCUUAAAGGAAUGUGCAUUUUUAAACAAUUAUGUCUUUUUGACCAGACCACACAACUGUGGAAGCAAAAGAUAUACCAACUACGUCUUAUUUUCUGUGUUUUUUUUAGUUGAUGGGGGUGCAUGUAAGGGUUUGCUUGGAGCGAUGGUGUCUGCUGAGGACAGCCAAAGAAUAAACAGGACAGAUGUUGUGUUUUUUUCCCUCUGAUAAUAAAAAAGAAACAGCCAUUUCUAGCGCCUGGAACUGGUGCCAAAUUCCAUCCGUCCUAUCAAGCAGGAAGUUUUUACAUAAGGAGAGUUUGAUAGCUGCACCUGCACUAGCAAGGAAUUCCUGCCGGAACGUGACUCCAGGACUCAGUUACGUAUCUGACUGGAAUUUUGUUUUGCAGCAAAGUAAAGGUUUGACUUUUGUAUUGUGUCCUUUACAGACUCUGUGUAUGUACAGAAUGAUGGAUUGCAGCCACUGCUUUUCAAUUCAGAGAUUCAGAUCUGUUGGAAACAAAACCCUACGCUUUAAAACAGACAGGAAGCUGAUUGAGAGCGGAAGAAGGAAUGAGCCAUUUUUGUUUUGAAACUUGCCCUCCAUGGGACACUGCGAUGAAUUAAUCUUUGUUACAAUUCAGAAUCUCCUGGGCACAGGAGAUUCUCUUGUGGUAUUUGCCUUAUGAGUGGAAAUGGCAUUAACAUGAAAAUUGCAAUAUUACCCUAAUCUUCUACACUUAUUGUACUUAGGUCACAGAAUUGGGCAUGAUUUAAUUGACCACCGUGGAAUAGGCUCAAAGUGCAAAAUGGUUUAGUCUUGUUCCUGCGCUUAGUCUGUGUGUGAGUACCAUGGAUUGUUUUGUCUCUCUCGAUAUGUGCUUUAGUACACUAACUAGGGAGUUAACCGGCACUGCAACCGGCAUUCACAACUCAAGUCUUUUUGCAAGAGAGGAGGUUGGAAGAAUUUGAAAUCCUGCUCUGUGUUGUGCAGAUUGAUAACUUUUAAGGGGUGUGGGUGGGAAGAAGAAGCUACAAUUACUUUAAUGGUUUUGUUUUGCCUUUUACCCUUGGUUGGCCCAGGGAAAAUGUGGGCUUGUUUGCUGUUUAUUCAGUUCCAAGGCAGCAGUAAGAGUUUGAUGGCCCCAUUUGAUUUGUUGGUCAACAUAGAUCAAUCAGGUAAGAAUGUAUGCAUUAUAUGACCCUGCCCUUUCUACAGGAGAGGUUGCAACAGAAGUAUUUUCCACUGUCCAUUGUCAGAAAGUGAAUUAGACCAUAGCCCUGUAACAAACUCACUUACUGAUGGAACUUAGAAAUAGGGGCUAUUUUACCGUGUUUGCUCAGGGCAAUGCUGUGCUCAUGGUUAAAUAGAGUAGGUGCACAGGACAUAUGUAGAGCUUAUCACCACAUUCUUUUGUUUGAUCUGUGCUAUCCAUGUUAUGACUCUCUGGUCCUAAACAGUCUAGUCACACUAACAGAGUAUCGCAUACAUAGUGGAGAAUUUUUUGAAAUUGUUCCCGGAACCUCAAAGGACAGAGCUGGUUGAAUUUUCAAGGAUUUUAUAUAUUACAACUACCACUUUCCAAAUGAUUAUUUAUGAAGAGGGGAGUGUAGACACAAGUGUUGCUGUUAUUUUCUAUAUUGAUGCUUGAUGAUGAAAAUUAGAAUUCUAUAUGCUAAUUAAAUUUAGUUAGUAACACAAGACUUGUUGGAUGGUUAGUCCUUGUUGAGAGUGGAAAGACUCUUACUGAAUGGUCUGUUAAGAAUUUCAAAUUGUAGAGGAGAUGUGAAGGUGGUCUGACAGCAUUUGUCUAAAUUUGAUUCAAGUCCUUUCAUAUCCAAGUUCCAUUCUUAAAUGCAUAUUCCUUCAUGUGGCACAAUUUAUCAACUGAAAGGGUUGGGUCUUCCUCCAUUAAACUAUCUGAAAUUGGGUGAUAGGAAGAUUGAGCAAAGAGCUCUAUUGAUGCCUUACUGUUGACAGCAUGGGAAACCCCCUCUCUUCUCAAUCCCUCUCCCAAACUCAGUGACCCCAUGACCCCUUUGCCACAUGUAAAUGAUGCUGGGAAGGCUGAUCUUGAUAAUCCUGCCUAUCAAAGUUCCCUGCAUUCCGUUGCUGCAACCUCUGACCCCAGGGAUAGUCAGGAGCAGGGUAAUGAAUUUAAAAAACAGGAUGCCACUGACAGAUUGACUGAAGGGAGGAAGCGAUCCAGGGUUUAGCUCUCUCUGUUUUGCACCAGGGUCAAAAAUGGUACCUUAUUUUAAGCCUUCGCUUAAACUAAAGCAGAUUAUUCAUUGCCAGUGGAUUUUUUUAAGCUUGUCUAACUCGAUUAAUUUGGGCUUUUCCUUGUUUGAUGCCGUAUCUGGAUCUCUUCGGUCCUGGACUAUCCCUCUUGAUGGUGAUUAUCUAUUGACAGCAUGGUUCCAAUCAUGCAAUCCUUGAGCAACUAGUUCAGGGUACCAGUAGGACUACCAUCUUAUGGGCCAGAUACAUGUUAUGGACAAGUCCAGAGACACUCCUGUCCCCAUGACACUAACCACACAAGAAGCAAAAGCAGAGUUCCACCUUCCAAACUUUGAAUCUCCAAACUGGAGAAUUGCAGCCAGCAGGAGCCCUGGGAAGAGGGUAGGCCAUACAUGGAGGGUGCAGGGUGUUUGCAGAGGGACUGACAACAUGCGAGAUGAUGAAAUAUUCAAAAAUGCCUUUUUAUUAAGUGACCUCUUUUAAGGAUUGCUUAUCUACUUUUUUCAUUUGCAGUAGUUUGCCAGUGAAAGACUAAAAUUAUUGCCUUACCAUCCAAAUUGUCUCAGCGCCCCAGUUUAAGUCCAAAUGUGUGACUCCUGUUUUGAGCCAGGAAGCCUCUGACCAGCUGCUUAAAGCAAACUUGAGUCAAGUAUAAAGGUGGCAACUAGUGGUAACUUCUUCUUGUGUUUAUUACCACCUUAUUCCCACUGAUGAACAGUGAUAUUGAAAUGAAAAUAGAUCCUAGAUACAGCAUUCUGAGAUAUCUCGUGUGCCUCUUUGUUGUUGGCCCCACCAUCACAGGAUGUGGAGAAGUGUUUCAUAUCAAUUGCCUUUUAUAUAUUAUUGCUAUUAUUAGGGCUUCAGUGGAUUGUGGGUUCUCCAACAUUGAAAAACUGGCAACAGUAACAGAGGCUCAAAAUUGAUUGGUUUUCAGUUGAGGAUGCUUUAGGGAUGAUUUCAUUGCUGGUUUUGGAAAAUAAUUUGCAGGAGCCGCAAACCAACGUUUAAGGUUGUGGAACUUCUAUUAUAUCACAGAACAUGAUGAACAGUGUCUUUAAUUCUCAGUGUAGACUGUAAUGUGAGCUACUGAACUGUGAGGGAAGGAGGGUGGGACAAACAGUUAGAAUAUUAAUAGUUCACAUCAUACUAGACAUGCAUUCCAGUGGGUGAGGGAAGAAUGGCAGUGAAUUAAGUGUGUUACUGUUUUGCCCUUAUUCCUUAGUUUUGAACUAACUUCUAAACUUUAGUUGAAAUGUAUUUGGAUCCCUGGAACUAGUAGGCACAGGUGUGCAGCCCGUAAUCCAGUAAUACUUGACAAUGCCACCAGAGGUUAUGUGGACGGUUGUUGUGAACUAUCAGGACAGUUACCAUAGCAAUGACUACCCACUGGAGCUAUGGGCUAAGGCAUGUUGGAGGAGAGGAUGACCAUUCUCUACCUCAGGCCAAAUGCUGUGUGAGGCUCUUCUAUUCAUUUCCAUAAACAGCAUUGCUUGACCUAAGGAAGAAAUGAUUUCACGAAAGUAAAUUAUUAGAGGAAAGGCCACUUGACAGGACAAAAUAAAAACCUGAUAAAUUAGUGGAAAUUGCCUUUUUAAUGAUACUCCAGUUUAUCUCCAGAAAUUCAUAAUAUAGCUUUAAUUUUUAACACUAAAAUUUUUUUUAAUAAUCCCUCAUAUGUAAGUGGUUUCUACUGCCAAGUGUGCAGUAGAAACUGUAAUGUAUAUAAAGCAGUGUGUUUUUGUGUAUGUCAGAACAUUAACCACUUUAUAUAUGUUUAUUGAUGAUUAAUUUUUUACAUUGUGUUUUCUGACAUGCCUGUGCAACGCUACCUCUGUUCAGUUACUUAUUGCUGAUGUUAACAGUUGAGAUUGAUUGAUUGAGAGGAUAAGAGCCUUCUUUCCAAUGUGAUUGUACUGAUUUUCUAAUAAUGGUCUGUGUAAUCAUUAAAUAUGGAGCUCACGUGAUAUAGAGUUCUCAUCAUGCAACAGCAUUCAAUGUGCAUGAACAAAGUUGGCAGCAAUAGUAGAAUUUUAGGAAAUUUUAGUUCCAGAAGGCAUGCUCAUUGUACGAAUGGAUAUCUGGGUUACUUAAUGAGAUGUAACCUUUCAUUAGUCUAAUUAGAUGACAAUUUUUUUUCUAUUACCUGUGAGGAACUCUCAUCUCAUUUUUUAACUAAAAUCUCAAUUUAACUCUUCGAGAUAACUGAUGAGAUUGUAGUUUAACAGUAAUUGACAAUUUUAGUCAAUUAAUGGUAAUUGGACUUUAUGCCUUCUGCAUUCAAUUGCCCUAAUUUACUGGCAUUGUUUAACUAUGUAAAUGCAUUUUUUAUUCAGCUGAAGGAAGUGAAUUACAUUCCAACAACAUGAAGUUAACAUUCACCUUCAGUGCUUGGGUGGUAAUCUAGUUGAUGUGGAUAACCAGCCUGAUUUUAGUAACAGUGACUAGAACGGAUUCCACUCAGACUGGUGAUAAACUGUGCAGGCUUAAUACUUCGGUGACCGAAGCUCUUGGGCUCAAUUCUCAGCUGCACACUACACUUACAUGUGUCACCAAUGGGGGAAGGAAAAAUGGUUUGGUUUUUGAUCUUCAGGGGCUGGGAAUGUCAGUUGGAACAAUUCCCAAGUUUCAGAUAUCUACUUUGGAGGUUGGACAAAAAUUGUCAGUGUAUUCGAUGACACCUUCAGUGGAACUAUUGCUUCUGGAGAUUGAGACCCCUGUGAAAACUCUCUCACCCCCUCUCUAAUUUCAGCACAAUGAAGUACACUUAACCUGAGUGCAACACAAUUAUUGUGGAGGAAAGUUGAAUUAAAAACAUGAACAUUGUCUCUGAGAUUGACCAUUAAUACUAAUUGAAGGACAACUCUGAGUUGUAGGCCUAUCUCAUUCAAAGUCACUUCACAUAGGACUUGUACACAGCAUCAAUCAUGACCAGCUUUGAACCUAGGUGCUGUAGAUGAAAGGUCACUGCGUUACUUUCAAGCAACCUUUUCUAAAUCAAGUCCCUAGUCCUGUCGAUCAUCUUAAAAACUCUUCUGAUUUUAAAACACAGUGGAUAUUUUUAAAAGUCCAAUUAAGAUCGCUAUUAUAAAAAACUGUUCUGCCUUACAUGUGAAGUAAUCUUACUGACACUGCCACUUUGGCAAUUGUAUAUACAUGAAACCAUUACUCUACAAUGUGAUACAUGACAUCUGAUCUAGUACUUUUUCAUUCCUGUUAUUUAUUCACAUACCUCCCCUUCCAUACAAUGUUAUAUGAUUCCAUGCAAGGGAUGAUUCAGUCUUACCUUUUACUUCCAACAGAUCCGUGGUUAAAAUAGUGGAUCAGGGUGGGAACUCUUUCGGAAUGGUACCUGUGGCAGAGUCCUAUGUAGAACCACUUGUCCCUCUUAAAGUACCAUUCCUUUAGUCGCUGUUUCAGUGGUAACAAACUGAGGAGGACACCCCGCAGGGAUGUUAAUGCUCAGUGCGUGUAAUGAACAGCCAAAAUGUUUAGAGGUGCAUUUGACCCAUGUGCAUAGUAUGUCAAAUGGUUCAAUAGAAGGAAUGACAAGAUUCCUAGAAAGUUCCAAUACUACUGACUAUGCACUAAAACGUUAUGAAUGUGUACAAAUGUAUAUUGUAAUUUACUACUUUCAUACCACAUACCAAUAAAAUAAUUUUAAAAAUA